AAUAAUAUUUAUAUAUAUAUAAAAAAGGGUGAUGCUUUUUGGUGAAGUGGGUUUCUGCCAUGAAAAGCAUCGAGUGAAGCAGACGUGGAUUCUCUUGACAUUGAAAUGCGCUGAAGACAACGUUCGAGGGUGAUGAUGAUGAUGAUGAUGAUGAUGAUGAUGACAAGAAGAUUCCCUGUAUGUUUCUUUGGAUUCUUAUUGCUCCUGGGCUCUGCCAAUGCAUUGCUUUCUCCUCAAGGAGUGAAUUUCGAAGUGCAAGCUUUGAUGGACAUAAAAGCUUCUCUACAUGACCCUCAUGGUGUUCUUGAAAGCUGGGACAGAGAUGCUGUUGAUCCUUGUAGUUGGACUAUGGUCACUUGUUCUUCUGACAAUUUUGUCAUCAGUCUGGGGACUCCUAGCCAGAGUUUAUCGGGUACACUAUCUCCAGGCAUUGGCAACUUAACCAAUCUUCAGAUUGUGCUGUUGCAGAAUAACAACAUAUCAGGGACAUUACCAGCCGAACUGGGUCGGCUUGCAAAGCUUCAGACACUCGAUCUUUCCAGUAACUUCUUCCAUGGAGAAAUCCCGUCAUCGCUAGGCCACUUGACAAGCCUGCAGUACCUUAGGCUUAACAACAAUUCUCUGUCUGGGGGUUUUCCUUUGUCACUGGCCAAUAUGACUCAACUUGCCUUUCUUGAUUUGUCUUACAACAAUCUUAGCGGUCAUGUUCCAAGAUUUGCUGCAAAGACUUUCAGCAUCGUCGGGAACCCUCUGAUCUGCCCAACAGGUGCUGAACCCGACUGUAAUGGAACUGCGUUAAUGCCCAUGUCUAUGAACCUGAAUGAAACAGGAGCUCUUUCAUACUCUGGGAAGCUUAAGAACCACAAAAUGGCAAUUGUCUUCGGGUCGAGUAUCACAAGUGUAUCCCUUAUCAUACUAGUUUUCGGUUUCAUCAUGUGGUGGAGGCAAAGACACCAUCAGCAGACAUUCUUCCAUGUCAAAGAUGGGCAUCAUGAGGAAGUUUCCCUCGGAAAUUUGAGGAGAUUCAGUUUCAGGGAGCUUCAGAUCGCGACGCAUAACUUCAGCAGUAAGAAACUAUUGGGAAAAGGCGGCUAUGGAAAUGUGUACAAGGGGAUUCUGGCAGACAGUACAGUCGUCGCAGUGAAGAGGCUCAAAGACGGAAACGCCCUCGGAGGGGAGAUUCAAUUCCAGACCGAAGUUGAGAUGAUCAGCCUGGCUGUUCACCGCAACCUCCUAAGGCUCUAUGGCUUCUGCAUCACUCCAACCGAGAAGCUUCUAGUUUACCCCUACAUGUCUAAUGGAAGUGUUGCCUCUCGCCUCAAAGGAAACCCGGUUCUGCAUUGGAGCACGAGGAAAAGAAUUGCGAUAGGAGCAGCGAGAGGGCUUGUGUAUCUCCAUGAGCAAUGUGAUCCGAAGAUAAUACAUCGAGAUGUGAAAGCUGCAAAUAUACUGCUCGAUGAUUACUGUGAGGCAGUGGUAGGUGAUUUUGGAUUGGCCAAACUCUUGGAUCAUCGAGAAUCUCAUGUCACGACGGCAGUAAGGGGGACUGUUGGUCACAUUGCUCCGGAGUAUCUCUCUACUGGUCAGUCGUCUGAGAAGACAGAUGUCUUUGGCUUCGGUAUUCUUCUUCUUGAACUCAUCACCGGCCAACGGGCACUUGAGUUUGGCAAAUCGGCUAACCAGAAAGGGGCCAUUCUUGACUGGGUAAAGAAGAUUCAUCAAGAGAAGAAACUGGAAGUUCUUGUGGACAAGGACUUGAAAAACAACUACGAUCAUCUCGAGUUAGAAGAGACGGUUCAGGUAGCUUUGUUAUGCACACAGUAUCUGCCUGGUCACAGACCAAAAAUGUCGGAAGUGGUUCGGAUGCUGGAAGGCGAUGGGCUUGCUGAGAGAUGGGAAGCAUCUCAAAGAACUGACUCAACUGCAAAAUGCAGCAGCAGCAGCAGCAGACGGCUCAACGAGCUGUCCUCUUCAGACAGAUACUCAGAUCUCACCGAUGACUCUACUCUACUUGUCCAAGCAAUGGAGCUCUCAGGACCUCGGUGAAAAAUAUAUUCAAGCAAAGAUUCUUUUUUUUAUGAAAGAGGAAGAAACCCGCAAGGACAUAAGCGUAAAAAAAUCUCCACAGCUUAAACUGCAGUCAGACCCAUCAAUCGGAGGAAGAGGAUGGUCUACAGUAUAGAGAUACGGCCAUGGAUCCUGUUUUUAUGUUGAAGAGUGUUGUAUAAUAGAGGUUGCCUGCGACUGUAUAGACUGUGAUGUUAAGAAACUGUUUAUAUAUAUAUGGGUAGUACUUAGGAUGAGAGAUUUUGAAGGUGAAAUUAAUUUGUAUAAGAUCUGAAAAAGGUUUCAGAUACAAUCUAGGGUUUGUCAGAUCUGGAAUUCAAGGUCUGGGUAUGUAUCUCUCAGAACCCGUUGUGAGAUUUUCUAUGGAUCUGUUCAUAUUUGAACU